UACUGCGCAUGCGCACAUCGCCUCUUUCAUAUCCUAGCUAUUGCCAUGUAGAACGCUCUGGCAUUUUAGCUAAAUCUGCUUCAGUUUUGAUUUAUUUCCAGGUUUAAAGAAAUGUCCGAGCUUGAAGCUAGUGUAUCGUGUUCUCCGCAGUGUGCGGAAACAGACAAUAUAAAAAAUAUAGACGAUAUUAAUCCAGAAACAGUACAAAACACUAACACCAAUAUUUCUCAGGUUGAAGAAGGGUCUCAGAGCGACAGUGAUCUUCUCAAAGGCCUGUUGACGGAUAACUUCUGUCAUGUGUGCGAAGCAACCCUGAUUCACGAGUCUCAGAGAGUUUCUCAUUAUGAGGGGAAAAAGCAUGCACAAAGAGUCAGGAUGUACCUGAACAACAAAGCUAAAAUGAACAAGACGAGCCAAGACUGUGGAGGCCUAUUGAGAGGUCUGUCUGCUGAGAAGUUCUGCGAGCUGUGCAGCAUGGUGUUCAGCUCCCCCACUGUGGCCAAGUCGCAUUACGAGGGCAAAGUUCAUGCCAAGAACAUGAGAAAAACCAAUCCUCCACUUCCUGGAGUGGCAGUCCUAGAAUCCACAUCUCCAGUUGCCCUCCCAUCAGUGAAUGCUGUACAAAACCCGAUCAGUCAGGAGCAGAGCGACACUUCUGGUUCGGCAGAUCAAGAGGUUGACCUCGAUGACCCCAACAAGUACUGUACGCUGUGCAGCGCUUCCUUCAACAACCCUCUGGUUGCUCAGCAGCACUACAGCGGCCGGAAGCAUCAGCGGAACCAGGCCCGAACUGAGAUGCUGGACCAGAUGGGGGAACAGUCAGAACAUGUGAGCUCCCUGACUUGCCCGAUUUGCUGUCUGGCGCUCAGCUCAAUAGAGAUGUACCAGGCACACAUGCAGGGAAACAAACACUUCACCAAAGAGAAGAAAGUUAUGGAUCUAUGCAAAUCUCAGAAGAAAGUGUAUGACUCCUUCCAGGAUGAGCUGGCUGACUACAUCCAGGUGCAGAAGGCCCGGGGGCUGGAGCCCAAAGCAGGGCCCGGCACUGUGGGACAAGCAAGCCAUAUUCUGGAUGAGAGUACAACAGAAGGUCCACUAAAAGGAGAAGAAAUGCCUCAUCCUGGCCAGUUGAUGCCAUGUUUUCCACUUCCUGGUUUCCCUCGACCUCACUGGCCCCCACAAUUCCAGUCUCAGGUCCCUCAGUUUGGCUUUGGGGUGAGAGGCCCUGUCCCACACUAUCGGCCAGGAUAUAUGCCACAAUCCCGUCCUCCAUUCAUACCCGGUCAACUAUAUAAAAAAGGGAGGAGCCCUGAGACAUUUAGCUCCUCCUCUUUCUCAGGCUCCUCCUCCUAUAAUAGCAGCAGUAGUGACAGCAGCAGCAGUUACGACAGCAAAGAGAGGAGGAGACGGAAGAGGAAGAUGAGAAAGCGAGGGAAGAGCAGAAGAGAUCAGGAGGAUGGGUCUGAUACGGAAAGGAGAGGGAAGGAAGGAGAAGCGGAACGGGGUGAAAGGAAAAAGAGGCUGAAGGGAGACAAGAGAGGAAGUGUAGAAAGAGAAGAGGAUAGGAAUAAGAAAUGGAAGGAGAGAAGAAAAAGAGACAGAAGCUCUAGCGAAGAUGAGGAAAGCAGAAGUAAAAGAAGACCAAGCAAGAAAAGUAGGAGGCACGGGGAUGGACAGCAUGUAAAGAAACAAAGAGAAGAGGAACUCUUGGAGAAACAAGAGGUUGUGGUGCAAAAUGAGGAAGCACAGGGAAGGAUGGAGGAACACGUGGAGGAAAGGACAGAAACAAAAGAUAGCAAACAAAAACACAAAAAAGAGAAGAAAAAAGGAAAAGAGAAGAUGAAUCAAGAAGACAACAGGACUGAGGAGGAAAGGCUCUGGGAUGAAACUAUUCUUGGUGUUUUUUAAAGAC